GGGCGGGGCCAGCGGGCUGCUGCAGCUGUCCAUGGUGGUAAAGCGGAGCCGGAGAGGGUCACGCUGCAGCUUCUGAGACCACAGCCCGUCCGGAUCGUUAGUUUGUCUACAGAGAAGACUGAAAGCCCGUGGACGUGAGGCGUCAUGAGUGACCACCAGAGACAGCGCUCUCUGUCCACUGCAGGGGAGUCUCUCUACCACGUGCUGGGAGUGGACAAGCUGGCCACAAACGACGACAUCAAGAGGUCUUACAGGAAACUGGCGCUGAAGUUUCACCCCGACAAGAACCCUGACAAUCCAGAGGCGGCGGACAAGUUCAAGGAGAUAAACAACGCCCACGCCAUUCUGAACGACGCCACCAAGCGUAACAUCUACGAUAAGUACGGCUCUCUGGGGCUGUACGUGGCCGAGCAGUUUGGAGAAGAGAACGUUAACACUUACUUUGUGCUCUCCAGCUGGUGGGCGAAGGCGCUGUUCAUCUUCUGCGGCCUGGCCACUGGAUGCUACUUCUGCUGCUGCCUGUGCUGCUGCUGCAACUGCUGCUGUGGGCGGUGUAAACCCCGGCCCCGCGAGAGCCCGGACCAGGACUUCUACGUGUCCCCCGAGGACCUGGAGGCUCAGCUCCAGUCUGACGAGAGAGAGGCCGGGGGCGAGCCCAUAGUGCUGCAGCCGUCAGCUACAGAGACAACCCAGCUAACAUCGGACGGACAUUACACCUACCACACCGACACCGGCUUCAACUAACCCACCCCCUGUCAGCCACACCAACACCGGCUUCAACUAACCCACCUCCCCCCAUCAGUCCCAACCUGGAGGGUCCAGCCUGCUUCCCUGCUCCACCUCAGACAGAUGACAGAAAGAGGCGAUCCAACGAGAGCCAUGGGGGGGGGGACGAGCAUGCACGGCCUGAAAGGAACUGAUGAAGUCACAUUUCCCUGCACCCCUCCCUGAUCGUUUCCCCCCCUCCCCAGAAAGAAGAGAAGAGAAUCAACUCAUUUGUUUCCCUUUGAUUUCUUCUUCGUUUGUUGACCUUUAACCUCGCAGGUCACCUGACCUUCCUCCUGUCCUUCAUCGUUUGCAUCAUCAUGGUGUAGCAUGCUCUGUGCUGGACGUCGUCACCUUUUCUUUAUUCUCCUCCAGAGCGUGUGUGAAGGAGUUCAGACCACAGGGAGGAGGUCCAACUGAUGUUCAAGAGCCACACUUCAGGGAGGUGCUGGUUGGAGACUUGGUGGUCUCAGGUGGUCUCAGGAGGUCUGUUUCAUCAUAGAACCUUCAAGAACUGAUCCACAUCUGCACGUCUAAUUUUCAGUCAGUGUUCUUUCAGGACUAAACGCUUGCUGAUGGGUCCGCUCGUUUCUCGUGUAAACGUUUUGAGCCAUCCGGUGGUUUGGGGGCGGAGCUUUAUGAUUUGCAGACAGGUUUUCAUAAACAGUCUUUUUUUUUUUUUAGCUGCAGCACGUUGUUAAAUAUUUUAAGCAAACUUUCAUGUUUGAUUUGUUUUGUCUUCCAUUACAAAUCUGAUGGAUUCACUCCAGAACCCCCAGACCCACCCCCCAAGAAGAAAUGCCACAAAAACAGAGACAUUAACAUUUUUUAAACCAAACUCAUUCAAACUUGAAGGUUUUUGUUUUG